AUGUCCAUGUCGGCCGCAGCUAGGAAGAAGAAGGCAUCCACACCGUCGGCGUUGGAUGCGGCGGCGGCGGCCCCAGCCCGUACCCUCGGUCGCGCAGCAGGGACCCGCCCAACCACCGGUGGUGUCGGCAAGGGCGCGGCGACGGCGCCAUCCUCCAUUGAUGGAUCCAGCGUUGGUGGCUUCCCCAGCAUAGAUGGAUUUCCGUUCCCUCAUUCACCGUCUCAAGCUUGGUUUGAUGCGGCCGGCAGUGAUCCCUCUUCUCCUGUAUCAUGGGACAAAGAUCCACGUCCAUCUGGUGGUUUCAUGAGCUACUUUGGAAAUCAGCCACACAACUUUCAUUUGGUUGGUGCACCUAUUUGCAACAGCCCUUUGAAUAGACCACUGUCCACCAACAAUGAUGCAAGUUCACAGCCUGAAGUAGAAAUAUUACUUGACCAUGACAAUGUUAGGACUGAGAAGAGGAUCCUAUGGACAGAGGAAGAGGAUCUUAGAUUGAUGAGAGCUUGGAUAGAACAUUCAACAGACUCUACCUGUGGAGCCGAUAAGGGUGGUAACCAGUAUUGGGGUGAGGUUAUUGAAUCCUACAACAAGACUACCCCACCACUUCGAAAGAGAAAUCUAAAGCAAUGCAAGGAUAGAUGGCACAAGAUUAAUAGGUGGACGGACCUCUUUGAAUGUGCUUAUGUAAAGGCUCGCAGAGUAUUUACAAGUGGAUAUUCUGAUCAAAUGUGGAUUGAUGCAGCCCACAAGUUCUAUGUGGAGGACAACAAAGAUGCAAAACUAGGACCCUUUGUUGGGAUUGAGGUUUGGAAAAUUUGUCGAGAAGUGUCAAAGUGGAAAACAUACAAUGAAGAGCUGAGGAAUGCACAUAAAAGGAAAUCAUUUCACCUUGAAGAAGAAAGGGAUCAGGAAAAUGAUGAAAGUUUGGAAGAGAUGCCAAAUCGACCAAUGGACAAAUUAGGCAAAUUCCAGGAGGAAACAAAUGCAAACCGUAUGAAGAUAUUGGAACUGCAGCAGAAGCUAUCAUCUGAGAAGCUUGAGACCACAAAACUUGCCCACCUUACUACACAAGAGACCAAAAAGGGAAAGAUGGUUGAGAAAGAAUCAAAGAUGAUGGAGGCUUAUAACAGCCUCAUCUUACAAGAUACAAGUUCAAUGUCCGAUGUGGAAAAGGCGGAGCGAGUUGCUGCCAUGAAGUGUCUUAGGAAGGCCCUUUUCACGAAAGUGUGGUGA